AUGCCUCCAAAGCGGAAGCGCGGCGCACACAAGCCGUGGCAUCAUCGCAAGAAGAGAAGGGCUGUCAUGGACUCAACAUACACCCCCAAAGAGCCCGACUCGAAAGAAAUCUACAAAUCACCCGAGAACUUCGAUCUCAUGCGUCUGCCCACAGAGCUGCGUCUUCAUAUAUACAAGCGACUACUCUCGGCCGUAAUGCACAAGCCACGCCUUGUCUGGAUGCAUCGACUAAUUCCCAUAUGGACUGGACCAGCAAACCUGAGACCUGAGAGAUACUACCGCCAGGUGACUCCAAGUCUUGCCGAAUGCGAGCGCAACGAGAUCAAGGAAAGCCUACAUCACCACAUCUGCGUACACCCUGAGGAUGCUGUCUUCCACGGAGAGUCAUCCUCGACGUUGGUUGGCACACUUCUCAGCCUGGCCAAGACGUGCUGCACGACCCGCGACGAGAUCAUGCCCUUGCUCUUCAGCAAUGUCAAGAUCCAUGUUUCAGAUCUUAGUAUCGCGUGUUGGUAUGGUACGGCGCAGCCAUUCUCCGCCGGGCACACUCUACGCCUCGAACUCACUCAUCCAGUCCCCGACAACGUCAACCGCAGUUCUCGAGAGCGCUGGCUGACUCAACUUCUCGCUCGGUUCCCACGACUGGAAUAUCUGGGCCUCGCCGGCAUUCACACCCAUAAAGACGCGAAGAGAUGGGGCACCACAUUCAAGCUCGGCGACUUACGUAUGAUGAAGUUCAUUCUCGAUAAUACCGCUCUCGAGGGCGUAAUGACUUGUUAUGGUACCAAUCGUGGUUGCGAAGAUGAUCGGUACGAAGACGGCGGGUGCAUGCCCCAAAUCGCAUUUGUCACCCAGCGGAGCUAUGGGCAGAUGUUUCAAGGUGACUUUCCAGGAGGUUGA